AUGAAGCAUCAUUUGAUGAUAGGCACAUGGACACCGCCGGGAGCAAUCUUCACCGUCGAGUUUGACGACGAGGCAUGGACCUUGAAACUGGUCAAGAAAACCAGCAUUCCUGAAGAUGAGCCGAUUUCAUGGAUGACCUUUGACCAUGCACGCAAAAACAUCUAUGGCGCCUCCAUGAAGAAAUGGUCCAGCCACGCCGUAAAGGCACCCGACGACAUCUCCCACCAGGUCUCGCAUCCCAUGAGCCAUGACCCUCGCGCCCAGAGCCACGACACCAGGACCCGAGCCAUCUUUGUUCUAGCAGCCAAAAAGCCACCGUACUGCGUCUACGGCAACCCGUUCUACGAACAUGCGGGCUACGGCAACGUCUUCUCCGUCGAUGAGAACGGAACUCUUGCCGAGAACAUCCAGAACUACGAAUACAGCGAAGGCUCCGCCAUCCACGGCAUGGUGUUCGACCCUAGUGAAACGUACCUCUACUCGGCCGACAUGUGGGGGGACAAGAUCUGGAUGCAUCGCAAGGCCGACGACGGCACACUCACUCUCGUCGGCAGCGUCGACGCACCCGCGAUAGGAGAUCAUCCUCGAUGGGUCGACAUCCACCCCAGCGGCCAUUAUCUAUAUGUACUGAUGGAAGCCGGGAACCGCCUGGCCGUCUACGUGAUUGACGAGGACACCCAUCUGCCCGUCUUCACCCACAAUGUCUUCCCGCUUGUGCCUCCAGGAGUGCGAGAUCUCAAGAAAAUGUACCGCUCCGACGUGGUCUUCUGUUCCCAGAGCGGCGAGUAUCUCUUCGCCACGGCCAGAUCCAACUCGCACAGUGUCACCGGGUACAUCAGCGCAUUCAAGCUGGGCCCCCAAGGUCAAGUCGAGCGCCAACUGUGUAUCAAUCCGACGCCCAACAGCGGCGGCCACUCUAAUGCCGUGAGCCCGUGUCCGUGGACAGACGAGUGGCUGGCCUUGACCGACGACCAGGACGGGUGGGUUGAGAUCUAUCGUUGGCACCAGGGAUAUUUGUCCAGGGUGGCCCAUCUUGAUAUCAAGGAGCCGGGGUUUGGAAUGAAUGCUAUUUGGUAUGAUUAG